AUGGCUUCUCGUCAGACGUUGUAUCAUGCCUUUUGUGUGGCAUCAUCGCUAAGGGAAGUUGCCAAGGGCAGUGCUUCCAUUGGGUGCGAGUCGCUAAGGACAUGGAUGGCGACCUCAACCCUUACAAGACCCGUCUUGGCAAGGUCUCGAUGGUUUUACGAUCCUGAGUGGGAAAAGGCUCGGGAAUUGUCCGAAUCAGUGCGUGCUGCUACUCGGUCGCGAGGUAAACCUACUGGCAGGAAAGGCACCAAAGGUGCCACUAGAAUGUAUUCGACAGAUGCUAAGAAGAACGUUCCUCCACUUGACACAGCCAAAACAGAGAAAGUAGUCUUACAGAGCUCUGAAGUCCCAUCUUCCAGGAUCUCACGGCUUUUCCACUAUGGAUCCCUAGCAGCCGGUGUUGGAUUUUCAGCUGCGACAGGUGGGCUCUCGCAGGCUGUUCAGGGCCGAUCUCCUGAUUUAAAGUCAUUGCUUCUCUCUGACGCCAAUAUAGACCGCAUUACCCAAAAGUUCUCCAAGAUGCGCGGUGCAGCUUUAAAAAUCGGCCAAAUGAUGUCCUUUCAAGACGAGCGUGUUCUGCCCAAAGAACUAUAUAUUAUUCUCUCUAGAGUUCAAAAUGGAGCUCAUUACAUGCCCCAAAGACAACUAGAGCGCAUCAUGAGUAAAGAAUUGGGGUCGUCUUGGAAGCAAAAAUUUGCCAAGUUUGAGCCUAUCCCCAUUGCAGCAGCCUCUAUAGGCCAAGUGCAUGAAGCAACUCUACCUUCUGGUGAAGAAGUAGUGCUGAAAGUUCAGUACCCUGGUGUGAAGGAUUCAAUUGAUUCUGACUUGAACAACGUUCUGAUGUUUCUAACGGCAUCUAGGCUGCUUCCCAAAGGUCUCUUCCUUGAUAAAACGGUUGCAAACGCACGGACAGAGUUGAAAUGGGAAUGCGAUUAUACGAGAGAGGCAAGCGCAUUACAGAAGUUUGGUGGCCUGCUGAAAGAUGAUCCCGUUCUUGUGACACCCAAGGUUUUUCAAGACUUGACUACAGAGAACAUUAUUACCAUGACUAAAAUGCACGGAACAGAGAUUAUGAGGCUGCCUGGCGACACAUCUCAGGAGACCAAAAAUUUUAUUUCCGAAACCAUUAUGCGAUUGUGUUUGCGUGAGAUAGCAGAAUUCGAAUUUAUGCAAACCGACCCCAAUUGGGCCAACUUUCUCUAUAACAAGGACACGCAAACGUUGGAGCUUCUGGAUUUUGGAGCUUCCAGAGACUUCCCUCACGACUUCAUCAGAGCAUAUCGUCGCUUACUCACAGCGGGGACUUUAAGAGACCGAGUAAAAGUGGCACAAAUUUCUGAGGAGCUAGGAUACCUCACCGGAUUGGAAUCGCGUGCAAUGGUAGAUGCACAUGUGGAUUCGGUUGUGGCCCUGGCGGAGCCAUUUAUGGGUCCCACCGAUCAACUUUUUGACUUUUCCCAACAAACCGUGACAGACAGAAUCAGAGGCAAUAUUAACCUGAUGCUGAGGGAGCGGUUGUGCCCUCCGCCGGAAGAAACCUAUUCAUUGCACAGGAAAUUCAGUGGUGUGUUCCUGCUUUGUGCGCGAAUGCAGGCGAAGGUUCCGAUGGCCAAAUUGUUUCACGAACACUUUGCAUUGUAUGACUAG